AUGAGUCACAUACCUAGCCGUUCGGUUGAUAAAGAAAAAGCUGAACACGAGUUAUCUAAUUAUAUAAGGAAAGCUACCAAUCAAAUAGAAACAGCACCAAAGCAGAAGCAUGUCAGAAGUUGUAUUGUUUACACAUGGGAUUACCAUUCAUCCCAGUCAGUAUGGACUGCUUUCAGAGUUCAGCCGAUCCUCAAUGACGAAGUGCAAACAUUCAAAGCAUUAAUUACCGUUCACAAGAUUAUUCGUGGGGGACAUCCGAUUACGUUGAAAGAAGUACAGAACGAAGUUCAAUGGAUCAAAAACCUGGGUAAAGUCAGUGGAGAUGGGUUUAAAGGGUACGGAUCACUUAUCAGAGCAUACGUAGACUUUAUAUUGCAAAAAAUAGACUAUCAUAAAAGGCAUCCCGAAUUCAAUGGGAACUUUGAUUAUGAAGAAUAUGUAACGCUGAAAAACAUCGAUGAUCCCAAUGAAGGAUACGAAACAAUCAGCGAUUUGAUGACUCUUCAAGACCAAAUUGACCAGUUCCAAAAACUGAUCAUUGCGAAUUUCCGUCCAUCUUCAAACAAUGAAUGCCGCAUUGCCGCCCUAGUCCCAUUGGUCGAAGAAAGUCAUGGUAUCUACCAAUUUCUCACCAGCAUGCUUCGUGCCAUGCACCGAAGAACAGAUGCUAUAGAUGCACUCGCACCGUUGAGAUCACGUUAUAAUGCUCAGCAUUAUUUACUGAGGAAAUUUUAUGCCGAAUGCUCAAACUUGCAAUACCUAACAAGUUUAAUCAACGUGCCCAAACUACCGCAGGAUCCACCAAGCUUAAUCGAUAGCAGUGUUCCAGCUCUUCCGGCACGUCCUCAAACCAGAUCUCCGGCGCCCUCGACGAACGCCUCCGAACCGGAAAAUAUAACCGAAUUCUGGAAUACUAACGAUCAAGCUGAAACUGAACGCCAACGACAGCUGGAAGAACAACAGAGACAGCUUCAAACGCAACGAGAGUUGGAAUUACAGAGGCAACGAAUGAUGGAACUGCAGUUGCAAAAAGAUUUUGAGGAGCAGCAAAAGAUGCAAGCGGAAAGAGAGAGGUUGGCUAGGGAGCAAUUAUUGCGAGAGCAAAUGCGAAGGCAGGCUGAAGGACGUGUUGCGGAACUGGAGAGAGAGAUUUUAGGAUUGAGGGGACAUGUUGAGAGAGAUCAGAUGAUGUUGGAGCAAUAUGACAGGAGAGUAAAAGCACUAGAGAAUGAAAUGCAGCAACUUAACCUCAACAUGCAGCAACAACUUCAAUCCAAAGACGAUAUGAUCAAGAACUUGCAAGAUCAAAUCAUUAUGUGGAAGAACAAAUACGAAGCACUCGCCAAGCUAUAUUCUCAACUUCGCCAAGAACACAUUGAACUUCUCAAUAAAUUCAAGGCGGCUCAAUUGAAAGCAAACUCUGCACAGGAAGCAAUUGACAAAAUGGAGAGAAUGGAGCGAGACGUUAAAGCAAAGAAUUUAGAGUUGGCAGAUAUGAUUCGCGAAAGAGAUCGAGCGAGACAUGAGUUGGAUCGUCUCAGGGGUAGCCAACGAGAAGAAGUAGAAAGAGUUAAGCGCGAAUUAGCUGCAGCGAAUGCGCGUGCCGAAGAAUUAUCCAGAUCCAAGAGCAGUGAGAUUGGAUCUCUUUUAGCCAAAUUUAACCGAGAAAAACAAGAGCUUGAAGAUGCUGCAAGGGGUAAGCAGUCGUAUAUUGAUGAUUUGCUUAGAAGGCUAGAAGAGAAGCAACGCGAACUUGAACGCAUAACACAGGAAAAAGAUGAAGAGAUAGCGAUAGCACAAGCAGGGUUUGAUCAAACCGUUCAAGCGUUGGCUAAGCUACAACAGUCGCAAUCUGAUUCAGAAAGUGGAAUGCAAACUGCAAUUGACAAUUUGAUACUCGACCACUUGCGUAACCUGAACGAUAUUCUUGAUAGCAUUUUCCAAACAUGUAUCCAAAAGAUCGACGACAGCAUCUAUGAAUUGGAAUCGCCCAUGCAGGUUGGAAAUCAAAACAGCACACCUGAAUACACUCUGUCAAUGAUUGAAAAGGCUACAACACAAGUGUCAGAGCUAUCGUAUGCACUUCAGAGAUUCCUAAAGAGUGAUAGGACACGUGAACAUACCGAAGUCAUAAAGACGGCGACUAGUUUUGCGCAGGCCAUAUCGGAUGUAUUGGCCAACUCGAAGGGUAUAACUCGAUUGGCUGAUGAAGACGAUGUCGUUGACAAUAUUGUGCGAACAGCCAAGAUAGCGGCGACAACGUCACAGAAAUUCUUGCUCAGCGUUCAGUCAUACAAGUUGGAUGGUGUAUCAUCCACAGCGCGUGCACAGAUUGUAAAUCAAGGUGAAUUGGAUGUGCAGACAGCGCUCCAGAAAGUAUCCAAAGUAACAGAGGGCUUACUAAAGACUACGAUUGAUGUAAGCAAUAAGGCAGACGGAGAAGUUGGUGAUCUGGUCGAACACGAAAUGCUUAACGCGGCCAAAGUCAUCGAACAAGCAACGGCCAGAAUCCAAGCGCUCAUGUCUAGACCACGUGAUGCAACACUCUCGACCACUGAGCUUCUUGUGCAUGAUGCGAUUUUGGAAUCAGCUCUUGCCGUCACGAACGCGAUUGCGCAUCUUAUUAAAUGCGCUACAGAUUCGCAGCAAGAGAUAGUAGCAAAAGGCAGAGGAUCAAGCACGCACGCUGCUUUUUACAAAAAACACAAUCGAUGGACAGAAGGUCUUAUCUCGGCGGCAAAGGCUAUUGCCAUGGCCACGAACCUUCUUAUUGAAACGGCAGACGGCGUGAUUUCUGGCAAGGCGUCAUUGGAACAAUUGAUCGUUGCAUCCAAUGAAGUCGCAGCGGCCACUGCUCAGUUGGUAGCUGCAUCACGUGUCAAAGCUGACUUUAUGAGCAAGACUCAAGAUAGGCUAGAGGCAGCGUCUAAAGCAGUGAUCGAUGCCUGUAAGGCGUUAGUGAAGGCGGUAAAGGAGAUAGCGGCUAAACAACUAGAAGAAAAAGAACACCACGUUGAUUAUGCUUCAUUAACUCCACACGACUUUAAACGCCAAGAGAUGGAACAGCAAGUGGAGAUAUUGAAGCUUGAGAAGGAAUUGACUAAUGCAAGGAGAAAAUUGGGUGAAAUGAGAAAGGUUGGAUAUCAUGCAGAAGAGGAUUAG